GUGAGGGCGGGCUCUUCAGUCUCACCGUGGACAACCUGCAACGUUGGAACCACUGGACGCGGCCUUCCGAACGUUGGGAACGUUGGUACUUGGUCAUUAAGUGGCUCUCGGGCCCUGUGGUCGCCCUUCCUCCAGAGGAGGACGACCUCUCGUUUGACGAAGAGGUGCUCCUGCCGUCCAUCGAGGGGCAGGGAUAGGUAUGCUUCGUUGUCGCACGCCCUCCCACUUCAUUACUGAUCACCACACAGGAAAUGGCUGCAGUAAGUGCGGCCCGGGCUGGCGUUUCGCCGUCAAGUUCACCACGACUGCCCUCUCCUCCUCCGAUCCCAGAAGUCCAAUUCGGCCCAAAAAGCCCUGGAAUGACCGACAUAUCUAAAGAACUCUCCCUCGACGCGCCGGGAAAGCCAGAUGAAGGCGCCGCGCGCAGAAUCAGACCGGGCACCAAGGCCGCGGAUAUGGCUUUGGGCCCUCCUCUUGUCCCUCUGAACCAGCUUGAUUCGCCCUUCCAACUUCAAGAACACCUCAAAGCGCUUUACUCUCACCUCACACACACUUCAGAAUCUACACAUACAAUUCCUAUUUCAAAAGAGACGGCGUUCCAGUUGGCAACCCCCCCACAGCUCAACGAACAUGAGUCUGUGGAUCGAAAUCUGUGGCUGUACGAGCUUUGCAGGUUCCUCACACAGAAGGCAAACAUGGUCUCGAUAUUCUUGAUGAACGACAAUCCUCCCUGUUCCUCCCAGACGUGUCCUGAAAUGCGAGCAAGUGAAUGGCAGUAUCUCUGUGCUGUCCACGAACCUCCAAAAUCUUGCUGCGCGAUCGACUACUGCAACCACACGCUCGACUGGGCCGCGAACGUCCUUACCAGUCCGAAACACUUUCCGUCCAGAUUGGCAUUGGGUGGUGAGGGUGGGAAUGUGCUCCAGAGUAUGCGCCAGCUCACAAACAUCUUCCGACGGGUAUAUCGCAUCUUCGCACAUGCUUGGUUCCAGCACCGCGAUGUUUUCUGGUCUGUGGAAGCUACUUACGGCCUUUACAUCCUGUUCAAGGUCGUGUGCGACGAGUAUCAUCUCAUUCCGGAGGACAGCUACACAAUACCACCAGAAGCAGAAGGGUUACCUGACACCCCCGAAGAUCGUAGCAAUACAUCGACCUCAGAAGCAGUCUCGCGAAUGCAGAUCUUGCGCAAGGACAACCCGAAUUCUCAGGACGAUAACACAUCCGCUGCUCCUUCCGACGCACCAACGACGACCACAAUCAGCACGGGUGCAACGACACGCCGGCACAAACACACACCGAGCACGGGGAGUCAUGUUGGAACUAUCGCCGAAGGUCACGAAGAAGAUGAAGAUCAUACGGCCAGUUUCGCACCGACAGAACCUUCAUCGACUGAGAGUGAACCAACAGACUCAAACACCCAGAAAACCGAUCCUUCACCAGAUCGACAAUUACCUAAACUAGACAUUGGUGCAACAGUACCCAAAUACGAGGCACGGGCACCUGAAGAUCCUACACCAACAGCGACAGCGGAAGAUGUCGACCCUCUUUCUGCGACCAAAACAGAAGUCAGAGAGAGCUCCCCGGAAGAGAUACAAACUCCAAUCACGGCGAGACAUGACGAAGGCAUUGAUGAAGACCGAGUAAUGUCACCUUCUGGAGGCAGCAUUAGAACUGGUGGUCCAGACGUACUGAAAGCAAUACUUGGACACAUUGAUGAUUUGGAUGACGAGGAUAUUCAGCUUGGUAGUCCGAUCACUCAAGGACGUACAAGUCCAGAGAAGAGUACAAGUCCAAGCAAGAAGGAGGAAGCAGAAGCCAGCAGAAUCAAAGUCGAGGUGGAGGAGACGACGGACGACGAUGAUGACGCAGAACAAGAACAGAGCGCUGAGCAGGCAGACCAAGCGCAGGAGAAGAAAGAUGAAUAGAGAUAGUCACCUCGGCUAUUCCGCUGCACUGUGAACGAAGUAUUGAGCUCAUCACAUUGAAGUCGAGGUCACAACAGACCAGGAAUGCAACAUCACAGUUGUGCAGAGAGUACAGAUCUCCAACUGCUUGGAUGUGCAUGGAAUAGUUCUCCUGAGGAAGGAGAUGAAAUCAGGUCUUACAAUGACAGGAUUCAGCAGCCACCUGCAAAUAAUAAAA